CUGGAACUUACUCAUCUGGCCACCAUCUGUCUCUGCAGGUGUCAUGUGAUUCUCCGAGGGUGCUGCUUUGUGAGUGGAAAUGCUCUCAGUGGUGGAGAAUGGACUGGACCCCCGGGCUGCCAUCCCGGUCAUCAAGAAGAAGCUAGUGGGAUCCGUGAAGGCAUUGCAGAAGCAGUACGUGUCCUCGGACAUGGUGGUCACUAGUGAAGACGGAGAUGCCAACUCCAUGUGCAGUGCCCUGGAGGCUGUCUUUAUCCACGGCCUGCACGCCAAGCACAUCCGCGCCGAGGCCGGAGGGAAAAGGAAGAAAAGCGCCCACCAGAAGCCUCUUCCUCAGCCUGUCUUCUGGCCCUUCCUGAAAGCCGUCACCCACAAGCACAUCAUCUCGGAAUUGGAGCACCUGAUCUUUGUGAGCACGGACGUGGGCCGCUGCCGGGCCUGGCUGAGGCUGGCCCUCAACGACGGCCUGAUGGAGUGCUACCUGAAGCUGCUCCUCCAGGAGCCGGCCCACCUGUGCGAGUAUUAUCAGCCCACA